AUGAAUGGUUCCAUAAUGAUAUUACAUAUCUGUUUUUUGGGUUAUAUUUGCAUUGGUUCACUCUAUAGUAACAUGAACAAUUUUAUGCGAAAUGAUUUCUGCUGCAGACUGGAACAGUUGGAUAAUGAUAUGAAGAGGUGCACAUCGAGUCACACGAAAUAUUAUAAAAAACGUUUAAGAGAUAUAUCUAAGGAAUUAAGUGAUUGUAGCAUGAUUUUUGAAAGAAUUUAUAAAGCUUGUCAGAAUUUUCAUCGAUUGAUAGAGUUACCCGUUUGCUAUACUUUUUUGUUCAGUUUCGCAACAAGUGCUACUUCAUUAUUUUUCACAUUUUGGCAGUAUCGCCUUACGAAUGUAUUUCUAUGGGGAUGUCCUGUGAGUUGCCUUAAGGUAUGCACCGAUAUACUACUGAUGACUUUAGCUGCUUAUAGUGCUGUAAACAAUGGUGAAAUGAUAAAAAAUGUCAACCUUUAUACUGUCAACAUCAGCGAUCGUUAUGUUAAAUGGCAUCACAAUGUAAGUUAA